CCAAUCAUCUCUUCUCCAUAUAUUCAUCAUAAUUCAUCAUUCUUGCUCCUAUUCUUCAUUUUUUCUCUUCAAAAAUUUCUGCAAUCUCUCUCUCCUCUCUUGUUGCAAUGGCAGGCGGUCAAAGAAAGCGUUCCCGCACCGGCAAGAACGUUGCUUCCUCUUUGGCUCCUCCACCAUCAACGCACAAAUACCUUGACGGGACGUUUCUUUGGUUCAACGACCGCGAAGAGGCUACAAGGUUCUCGGAGAAGUUUGAGCAUCGGGAAAUUCUCCCUCCCCGAUUCUCCACCGCCCGCUUCAUUCAUGACUCCAUUCCACGUGAGGCACGGGUUAUCCUUGAACGUGGAAACUUCCUCGAUCUCCUCUACAUCAAGAAGGUCAAUUAUCAACCUUUUCUGGUUCGAGCUUUCUAUUCGAACUUGAAAAAGGAUGAGGACGGAUCGUUGAUUUCAAACGUCAACGGGGUGGACAUUUAUUUGAAUGAAGAGAACAUUCAAAUCCUCACCGGGCUUCGUCGGGACGGACAGGAUCUCGGGCUUUACACCGGAGAAGAGGGGGCGCGGUUCAAUGAGACCGCUCUCUUGGAGGAAGUGGGCAUCCGUCACUUCGUACCCACUCCCCAACAGCGGAGCCCUACGAUUUCUUCCAUGAGUCCCGUAUAUCGUUUCAUCUUCUAUGUGUUGACACGGAUCCUCAAGCCCAAGAAGUUCAACCACACCAAUCUCUCCCAAGAAGACACGAAGACGAUCCAUGCGAUGAUUCACAACGCCAAUCUCAAUUGGUGUAAAUUUGUGAUGACUCACAUGUUCACGGCCACCUCCGACAAUCGGCCGCUCCCCUAUGCCCUCCUUGUCAUGGCAAUUCUUGAAGAAUACAACAUCAAAACCGAUGUUGGGCCAAAGGGAGUUUGUUCCCUUGUUGUAAACUCGAAGGAAGUUUCUUGUUCCUUCGUGAGAAGUCUUGGAGUGCGGUAUCUCCGAGCAAAGGUGUUGAGGCUCGUGUGACUCGGGUUCUCAAGUUGUAUCGGUUUGUUAAGCACCCUUAAGCUUAACGGAGUUAGUGUAGCUCGAGAGAGUCUCUCGGGGGGCUGGAUUAGCCACACGUUGUGGUGAACCAGGAUAAAAUCCGGUGUGCUCCUUCUUUACGCUCUUUACUUUAACGCUCUCGUUUUAAUUUCCUGCGAUUUUGUUUUAAACGCUAUUCACCCCCCCUCUAGCGUUGGGCCUUUAUUCUAACAUCUUAUACUCCCUUCAUCCCACAAAAAGGUUCCCAUUUGAAUACUAUUUAGUCAAAUAUUUAAAUGUUUUGACUAUAAAAUGUGAGAAAGGUAUAUUGAAUUAUAAAAUAAAUGUAAUAUAAUUGGAUUCAUCUU